AUGAGGAUUAUAAUAAAAGGAGGAAUUUGGAAGAACACAGAAGAUGAAAUCUUAAAAGCUGCUGUCAGUAAAUAUGGAAAGAACCAAUGGGCACGAAUAUCUUCCUUGCUUGUUAGAAAAUCUCCUAAACAAUGUAAAGCUAGGUGGUAUGAAUGGCUUGAUCCGAGCAUAAAAAAGACUGAAUGGUCAAAAGAAGAGGAUGAAAAGCUGCUUCACUUAGCGAAAUUGAUGCCAACUCAAUGGCGCACUAUUGCACCAAUCGUCGGUAGAACGCCUUCUCAAUGUCUUGAAAGGUAUCAAAAAUUGUUAGAUGAAGCUGAAGCAAAGGAAGGCGCUGAUUUAGGCUUAACGGGACCUUCAGGUGAUGCAGGCCCAAGUGCAGAUGAUGUACGAAGAUUGAGACCUGGUGAGAUUGACCCAGACCCAGAGACUAAACCUGCGAGACCUGAUCCUGUUGAUAUGGACGAGGAUGAAAAGGAAAUGCUAUCAGAAGCUCGUGCCCGUUUAGCGAACACACAAGGCAAAAAGGCUAAACGUAAAGCACGCGAAAAGCAAUUAGAGGAGGCAAGACGAUUAGCUUCCUUGCAAAAAAGACGGGAAUUAAAAGCAGCCGGAAUAGAUUUAAAAGUAAAAAAGAAAAAAAAGGGAAUGGAUUACAAUGCUGAUAUUCCAUUUGAAAAAAAACCCGCCAAAGGAUUUUAUGACACUACCGAAGAGAACUCUCGUCAAUCAGAACAAGGAAUGACUAAUGUUCAUCUUCAAAAGCUAGAGGGAAAACGCAGGGCAGAAGGUUUUGAAGAGAGAGGUCGUAAACGUCAAAAAUCAAGCAAGAAUGAUAAAGAAGGCGGAGGUCCAGUUAAUUUUGUUCCUGCUAGUUCAACACAGCUAAAUAAAUUAAAGCAAGCUGAACAAAUAAGUAAAAGAAGAAAAUUGGCCUUGCCAGCACCACAAGUUGGAGAAGAUGAACUCGAAGAGAUAGUAAAAAUUGGGUUUGCUCGUGACACCUCUGGAUUAUCGAUGGUUACGCCAAGGACACCAGCCACGGGCAUGACGUCCCUUAGAACUCCCCGAACACCUGCUUUUGCUAAUCCGGCUGCUAUUAAACAACUUCGAAAUGAACUUUCGAGACUUCCAGCGCCAAAAAAUGAUUUUGAAAUUGUUUUACCAGAUGUCCAACCAGGAGAUACUCAGGUGGAUGAAAUGGAAUUUACUGAAGAAGAUGCUGCUGAUCGCGAUCGUAGACUUCGAGAGCAACAAGAAGCAGAAGUAAUCCAACGCAAUCUUCCUCGUCCUAUUGAUGUCAAUGAAAAAUCACUACUUCGAUUAUCUCAAAGCGAAGAUAAAGUUUACCAGCUAAUCAACUUCGAAAUGGUUCAGUUAUUGCAUCAUGAUGCAGUAGAAUAUCCUGUGCAUCAUAGCAAGAUUUCAGGUGGCCCAGUGGAACCACUGGAGGAAUUUUCGGAUGAACUUUUAGCAAAUGCACGUAAAGCAAUAGAAGAGGAACUUUCUCUCUUAAUUAAGAAAGACCCUCAUGAGUUUAACCGAAAUGCAAUGAUUAAAGAGGCUACUAAAGCAGCAAAAAUAGAAAAAAAGCUAAACACAACUCUGGGCGGAUAUAUCUCGCGUUCUCAGUCGUUGUCUAAAAAGAUUAAUGAGACUUUUGAGCAGUUGGAACAAGCAAAAGUUGAAUUGAAUUCCUUUAAAUCAUUGCGCAUUUCUGAGAAAGAAUCUAUACCUUUACGUAUAGAGAAACUGCAAAGUGAAGUGGAUCAUCUUGUGAGGCGGGAGUCUGAGUUACAGAAAAAAUAUGCACACCUUUCAAUCGAAAAGCAGGCUAUUCUCGAAAGAAUUGAAGCAAUGCAAAAUAAAAAAUAG